AUGAUUCCGUGGCUUGGAACACAAGUUCUAGGAAGAGAAUCUAUGCAACAACAACAAGACACUCUGACUGGUGGCUGGAACGACAAAACCUCAAAGACUGGAGAUGUUGAUAGAAACAAGGAACAACAUGAGAAUCUUGGUUCAGUUUAUCAGGACCAGAGAGUACAACCUUGUCAUCUGAGUUCUUCCAUCUAUUACGGUGGUCCUGAUGUUUAUUUCCAGCCUCAGAAUUCGAGCAUCAACUCUACGAACAAGAAAGAAGGAGGAGAAGAUGAUUCGGGAAGUGCCUCAAGAGGAAAUUGGUGGCAAGGAUCUCUGUAUUACUAA